AUGGAGUGCGGCAACAACGUCAAGUACGACCGGUACGUUUUUGCCCACAGGACACGUAUGAACCUCUCGCACAGCAUCUACGUUGGCGCGGGCGCUUCCGAGAGCCUCAUCACGACGAUCCACGCCCUCCUCAAGCCGAUGGGCAUUGCAAUCGGUCCGUUUGGCGACAAGCUGCUCAAGAUCCGGUCGCGCGAAGACGGCUCGUGCACCAAGAUGGUCUUGACUGGCGUGCACUUUGCGCCGCUGCGGGACGACAACAACACGUCUGCCAAAGUUUGCUACUUUCCACCGCAAGGUACGUGCGGAGGUAUCGCACUCGACGCUUGA